AUGGAUAUUUUCAAAUUAAAACUCUCUUCGAAGUAUGUUAAUAUUAAUAUAUUUGAUUCUAUCAAUAAACUUUUUACAAAGUCAUUAAUAUAUAAAUCUAAAGAAUUUUCAACAGAUAUCUUAUUGCGAAGUAAAGAAGUAGAUUCAAAAGGCGAAAAAAAAGAAUCAGUAAGAAUGAAACAAUUUCAUAAAAAAUUGAAAUUACAACCCAUACCGAGUAAGUAUGACAAUAUAAUAAUAGGAAUACCACCAAAGGAACGUUUCGUUGAUUUAGUACUAGUGGAAACUGAUCCAAAUAAUGGAGAACUAAUAACAAAUAGCGAAAAAGAUCCAACAAAGUGGGGCGAUUGGCAGAACGGUGGGCGGGUGAGCGACUUCUAA